GUCAAUAAAAGUAAAUUCGCAAAAGAACGUUGCUUGGAAAGUUUGCUAGAUGCGAAUUUUUUUUGUUUAAAAUAUUGAUGCAUUUAAUCACUUUUAGUUGAUUCUUAAUGGUUAAGAAGUGCUUCGAUAUGUGUAUGUAGUGUAGUUGUUGAUAAGCGGUUGACAUCCAAGAUAUUUGUUUUACGCCUACCUGCAAGUAGUUAUGUUUUUCGUAUGAAAUAAAAGAUCUCUCCGAACCCCAACAUAAUGUCAUCGCUAUCCGCACUAGACCGCGAUUUGUGCGGUAUUUUGACUGAGAUGCGAUCGGAAAAGAUUACCCAACGUUCUAAGGCGUUCGAGAAGCUGGAUUCGAUAUUGCACAAUCGCGAAGAGGACAUUAUUCGUUACAUGACUGAACAAAAAUUCGACACCAAUUGGCAGGAUGUGUUAGAAGCCGCCCAUCACGGCAUUCAUAAACAGAAUCGCAAGCUGCUAGAAACAAAUUCCACAGGAGCAGGUGGAGUGGUUGUCGACAGUAAAUGUUACAUUUACAUCAAAGUCAUUCAGCAAGUGAUCGACUUGGCAAUGAAUCGAGGAGAGCCCCAAAUCAAAUUUUCCGAACUCAUCAGACGAAUAAUGGAUGUUUUGGGAGAUUCGGGAAUGUUGCAGUAUUUUGGCACUUGCUAUGUGCAAAUAUUGCAGAAACACGUGUUGAACUCAAAGCGGGAUCUUACUGUGAUAACGUACGAUGAGUGGAUAGCGAUACUGACCCGGUGUUCGGAACUAUAUGAUGAUGCAAGGGUAACAAAACUGAAUGUGGUCAAUUGCUUGGCGUUGGCAAUACGAAAGAGUUUAGCAAAUUGUUCGGUUCAAUCACAUUUUGCAACGUUCCUCGAUCCAUUGAAGAAGAUGAUCGUCGAAAGUGACAGAGGACGAAUGCAAAAUGAGCUUAUUAAAAUUGCUUAUUGUUGCAUCGAAGCUAUUGCAGUUGAUUACCGCUAUGAGGUGUGCAAUUUCACCGAGAAAAUCAUACCGUGUGUAGUUAAAGCCUACGAACCGAAGAUGGACGAGGAUACCAAAGCUAUCUUUUUUCGUCUGAUGCAUCUAACUGUGAUCGUGCAUCAUCCAGAGAAAAGUUUUUCAGAAUGGCGAUCCAAUCAGGAUUUGUUCUUUACCAACGAUGAAACUGAAUGGUAUAAAUGCCUCAGAGUGAUGCAUUUUGUCGUGUGUAGCGAAAUCAAAGCUCACGUUUCCGCUUCCUAUAAUGUGGCAGGUAGAAAGGAAAUAUCUUUCACAGAAGAUUUUGUCAAUUUUGCAGCGAGGUUAUCUUAUGUGAUUUUUUGGCAUGACGAGGUUUGGAAUCAAUCAGGAUCGGAUGACGGGGGCAAUCCAAAGAAGAUCAAACGGGCUAAUAAACUGCAAAGUUUGAUGGAUUUGAUUGAGGCAGAUUCAUCACAACCUGAUUGGCGCUGGUUGAUCCUGUUGGCUGAAAUCGUCGAUCGGUGUCCAGUUGUAUUAGAAGAAGAUGAUUACCAACCUUUAUUGCAUAUGCUGAGCAGGAUACAGCCAAAACUGCAAUUUCCCUCGCAACUGAAGGCGUUUCGUUUGUGUUGCAAGGCAUUGGUAAACUUCGAAAAAGAAGAUAUCUUCAAGGCAUCGACAAUCAUUAGUUCGACAUAUUGUAACGAGCUAUGGCACAAAAUUACGGAAUGUUCUUUUCGUUGCAGCACGUCGAACAAUAAAUCAGCAGCCGACAAUCACCUGAUCCUACAAUUACUUAUAACUUCUCGUAAGUAUCCAUCAGUGGCGUUUCUGAACAGUGUUCUGCAGGCAUUCUACGCCUAUUCGAUUGAUCGUACUAAUAUUAACGUUACGACAAUUCGCACAAUACUGGAAACGGUUCCGUUGGAAGUGUUCGGAGCUAUCCAGGAGACUGUAGAAAAAUUAUUCAAUUACAUGUUCCCAAAGUCACGGGAAACGCAAGCAAAAGGGAUUUUGCACAACAAAGAGCGUUUGGACGUUGAACUCGUUGCGAGUAUUUCUGUUAACUGUACGGUUACAAAGCAUGCACAAUCUAGCAUGGGAAGUAUUACAACUCCUGCCAAAAAUGCUGAAACAAGGCGAAAGUACCUCGAACCAGACGAGCAUAUCCGCAUGGUCGAAGAAAACAUUUUGCUGAAACGAAUUGAGAAGCUACUGCUCCUCGAGAACGCGACAUCACAAUCAGAUUUGACCGGAAAUAUGCAUCAUGUAACAUACAAUAUACACGAGAAAAAUUUCGAACUGCUUUGCACGGCAAUCAAUUUUGAGAAGAAUUCUCUACCAGCAGAAAGUGACGCUGUGUUCGAGGGGUUGAUAAACAUCAUAUAUGACAUUGAGUUGUAUUUAAAAAUUCUAAACGAUUUGCUGUUACACAGCGCUAUGAACAAAGAUGCUUUUGAAAAAUGCUCACUUACUAAAAAGAUAACGUUCAAAAUCCAAGAAAUAGAGCUUGGCUUUGGAAGACUGAAAGGUUUGACUGCGGUAGAGUUGAAUGAGUUAUCUUCUCAUCUGCUGUCUAUCUUUCGCGGACCUUAUCAUUCCCACAUCAAGCAGCAACUUAAAACAAGCAAUUUCACUAGUAUGUUCGAUUGGAUCUUUAAAAAUGCUAAAAGUCGUCCCGAAAGGGACUCUAGAAACAUAGAGGCUCUACGAUACGAGAACCUUAACAAAGAACAAUUAAAUCAAUAUAACUUGCUGCUGAUAAUUGCUCAUUAUCUGGACUACGACGGGGUAAACACAGACGCGGUGAAGACUUUUUUGGACAAAGUUUUAAUCAACAUCGAUAGCAAUCUGGAUCUGUUCUAUCUUUUCAAUAUUAUUAAAGUUUUAAUCAAACAAACAUCGACAUUUUUUGUGGCAGAAUGGGUCCUCGCAUACAUCAAGGACGUUUGCAGAAAUCAUCACACAAACAUAGCAAUGACCGAAGCAAUCAUCGACCUAUUUGAUGACCUGGUAGUCUUCGUUAGUCCACACGAUGCACUGUUCAACGAUACCAACACUGUGCUGCUCUCGUUCAUUAGCAAGGCUAACAAAAAAGUUUAUUCUGUACAGCUGCAGCGGAAGAUCUACGAUCAGGUUAAGUUUCUAUCGAAAGCUUAUCCGGAAUAUUAUGCAUCCCACGAAACGAUUUAUCGGAGAAUGAUCACCCUGCUCGGGUCACCAAGUUUUGUCAUCAAAAUAAGUGGUGUAGUAAAUUUGCUUCAUCUGUUCAGCGACGAGUGGGUUUUUUCGAAGAAUCGUGGAACAAUCGAUUUUUAUCGCUUUCAGCAAAAAUUGUACGCUGAAAUUGUUUUUGGCACAGAUGACCUUUUGUUAAAAGACGAGAAAGAAGGCUUGCAUGCAGCAUACCUCCAGUUGAUAUGUGGCGUUUUUGCAAAUUCGUACCACUUGAAAAGACGUGCGUUGAUGGAUCUAAUAGAACAAGUGUAUUUGCAUGAAUAUUCUCAAAACAAAGUGAAGAUAUUACUGAAUUUGAUCCGUAUGACGACAGGAAUCGAUCCUAUUGCUACUGUGCAGGACAGUAUGGAACAGAUUCUCGACAGGUGGAUUUCCAAAAAGUAUAAGAUAACAAACAUUCCAUGGUACUUUACUACUUCUGAAUCGUUAAAAGAAUUCAUCAAAACCUACCGUAAUGUAAUAGCAUUUACUGUCCUGUGCCACAUACCACUAGAAUUAUCACAAUUUUGUUCCUUCAUUAAACAAACGAUGGCUGACACCCUCAAGGCCAUUUCCGCUCACUGCACAUCAUUUCUCAUACCGAAGUGGGCCAACUGCACGAACUUGCCCAUCCAGUAUUCAAAACUAGCGGAGGAAAUGGAACAAGUCAUCAGCAGUGCACACGUAGAUAUUAAACAAUGCAUUUCCUCCGACGAAUCUAAGGUUCUCAUCGUGCAAAAACUAAUCAGUUAUCUUCACGAUGAAAAAUCGAUGCGUAAGUUGUUUGCACGUGAAAUUCUGAUACCAGAGGCAAAGUGUAGUCUAAACAUGGAAGGUUUUCUGAAAUGCUUGGAUUAUUUUAAAACUAUGUUUAGCACCACAUCAAAACAACAACCACUUACCUACCUUUGCACAAAGCAUCCUACCGCCGUGGAACAAAUUCUGCUUUGCUUCAAAAAAAACAUCAAUCGCUCGGAGAUCGUUGAAGAGAAACUAAUUAUCCUUUACCAGUAUUCGGCGCUAGUUGAUCAGAUGGAUGAUUACUUUGGCCAGCACCGAUCAGCAAAUUUGAAGGAAUAUCUAGUCCGCGAUAUUACCUAUUUCCUAUGCCAUACCAUGAUCACCAUCAAAUCUCUACAAGUGUCUAUCCUGAAUGUUCUUGAAAAUUUUCUUAAAUAUAUUAUUCCCACAUGUGCGGAAUAUUUAAGACCAUAUCUUAAUUUUCUGGUUUCAUCAUUGCUGUUUGUGCAUGAUCAAAGGACUUCUCAAUCGGUGUCCUCGAAAGUGAUAGACUUGCUUAAGCUUAUAGUUAUUGAGCAUCACGUGCUAUUCGGUGACGGUGUUAAGAAAUUAAACUACUUUCCCGAAACCGACGAGUUUGGGGAGCUUCGUCGCGCUUUAGGGAAACUGAAGGAGACUCAAUAUCAAUUGACUCUUGCUGAGGAUAUCAACCGUAUCAUACAGUUGCCGAGUUUGAAGUAUGAAGAACUAGCUACACUGCGCAGUAUGUUGGCCGAUAAUAAGAACAGUUUGUGUGAAUUGUGCGACGAGCUGGAAUCUUCAGAUGGUCUCUCUGAAACCUGUUCAAGAAAUGUUCUGAUACGAUUAAUCAACGUACUGCUGGAUGAAGUUCGCCACAGUUCUAGUGACAGACAUACGAUCGAAGCAUUGCGAUGCCUUGGAGAGAUAGGGCCAAUCGAUUUGUCUACUUUAGUGCUUAGGUCUGAUACGGACACGGAAAUCUACCAAAACUGGGUUUCUUUAAACGACACUACGAGCCAGUUGGUUCAAGUUUUGAUUGUGGAACUGAACAAACUUGUGGUUACUAGAGAUUUACAGGUCGUUGAGAAGGCAUCCGCUGUGAGUUACCAUGUGUUACAGAACGGAGCAUAUCGAAAAUUGGCGGCUGAUACGAGAACUCUGUUUCCGUAUAUGGCACUUGCAGAAACUGAUUGUCAAAUAUUUGAACGUACGGAUGGAAGAAUAGCUCUUUGCGCCCUUAUCGAUAGUGGUAUUGAUUGCUACACCUCAUUUGUAUUGGCUUUAUCGACAACGUUAUUGGAGUUUGUGAAGGAUACUGUGAUAAAAACGCUCACCGAUAUUGAGACAAUUUUUGCGGCCAAAAUCAUUCCUCUUUUGAUGCGAGUUAUUAUGAGCUUCUGCGAUGACAAGCUGAAUAAAGAUAUCGAAGAUUUUGUAAAUUCGUUUUUCGAAAAAUUCAACAACAGUUCUACGCCUGUUUCAUGCAUCAGUAAAAAUGUGGAAGCUAUUCAUCUUAUGCUGAAAAUAGUUGAAUGUAUACGAUUGAACAACCAAAACGAGCCUCAACCGAAAAUCCGACUAAAGUACUUAGCGAUCGCUACCGCCAGUCUUCACUGUCAGGCAUAUUUUAAAGCGAUCAUGUAUGCUGAACUGUGGUGCCUAAAUCAACACAAUGAGGGUGCGAGUAGUGACACCUAUAAACGAGAUUCGCAGCUAAUGGCCAUCAUGAAAACCGCCCAUCUGUCUAUUGGAAUAGAUGAAGCAACAAAAGCUUUUCUCGACCCAAUAUCUGCCCGAAAUGAGUAUUACCAACUUGAACGUAAAUACAACCAGAAUUUACUUUAUUACGAUGUCGUUUGCGCGAGUGGGAAUACGGUUGAUAGGUUAGCAUAUACGGAGGCCUUGAAAAGGUCCUGCCUCUAUGAAUUGGCUAGUAAGAUCACAACGGAGACGGAAGUUGACUAUGAAUGUGCAUGGCGUUUAGCCGAUUGGAAUAUGCCCUUGGAUGAUGUACUAGAUAGGUCGAAGAGUGAAGUUGAUUGGCAGCAUACGUUGAGCAAACAGCACUAUAAAGCUCUUAAGAGCUUAGAACUUAAAGAUGAAGUUGCAACCGAAAGUGCUGUGUUCGAAGGCAGAAGAGCGAUAGGCGAAAUGUUGAAAAUCGCUAGCAUGGAAUCGACAAAAAAUAUAUAUCCUUAUCUUUGUAAGCUACGUCAGCUCCAACAGAUCGAGGAUUUUAUGAGCAUUCAGUUCCUAAGAAAUAUUGAUGGUCAUCAGGAAUUACUUCAGAAAUGGGACCUGCAAGACAAGCUUCCUUACAGCGAUUUUUCUUUUAUGGAAAAUAUACUUACCCAGCGCAUUGUUAUGUUGAAAACAGCUCGCAUUCGCGCACUGCGUAAAUGGGUUCCAGAUGCGUUGAAUCAAGCACGAUUCCAAUUAAUACAUGAAGCUCGUAUUACUGGUAAUUAUAAUGUAGCCACUGCUAACAUAUGCGCCAUGGGUCAACAGACCAUGUCCGAGGAUGUAAGAUCAUUGGUAAUGUUGGAAGAUGCACAACUAAACUGGGCUAUCGGCGAUAAGUUCCUGUCCAGGAGAUUGGUGAAUGAAAUCGUUGCUGGUGGAAAGUGCAAAGACUUGAUGGUGAAUGCUGCAGCGUAUCGAUUCUACGGGAUCUUUCUAGCUGAAACACACGCAGAGGACGUCCACAACAUUUACAAAAACUUCUUUAAGCAAUCGCAGGCACUUGUGGAAGAAUCUUUGCGACAGGCUAGUCAACAGGAGCAAAGACCUCAGAUAGAUUAUCAGGGCAAGUGUUUACAUAGCGAUCGGAACUUCAUUGUGCUGCACAGUGUAGCCAAGUAUGCUGAUCGCGAGUUUAUGAGGCUUAAAACCCACUUUUCUUCAAACGAAUAUAAGUUAAAGAAGCAAAAUUUGGAAAUGUUGAAAAAGGAAUUAUCAAUGAUUGAGGCAGAACAGGCUAAAACUAAAGAGUCAGAAAAGGAGAAGCUAAUUAAUUUGCGACGCGCCAAGAUGUCUAUGAGAAUGAACGCCGCCCGAGAUGAGGAAUCAGUGAAGACAAUGAAGUCAAACAUGAACGAUUAUCUUCAGUUGGCACUAUUGUAUUAUUCAUCUUUCUCUCGGAAAAUGAGCGUUGAAAGCGACCUGUCCGUUUUCCGCAUUGUCGCACUUUGGUUAGGUAAUCAUAGUUCCAUUGCGGAUAGCAUUCGUGAUUACCUAAAUUGCAUUCCGACCCAUAAACUCGUACCUGUGCUACCUCAGUUGACUCCCCGGCUCGAUAAUCGAAGCGAUGGUGUUGGCAAAAUUGUUUCGGAUGUUUUGGAGCGAUGUGCCAUCGAUCACCCGUAUCACACAUUACCGCAUAUUUUUGCUCAGGUUUAUGCAUUUGCUGAUGUGGACCGAACAGAAAUUCCAAAGGACGAUGAACGGUUACUCGGAGCGCAAGCACUGUAUCAUAAGUUGCUGAAAAAACAGAACAUAGCAAUAAUUGUCGAUCAGUACACCGACAUGAAUCUGGCAUUAAUUGAGAUGGCUAACAAAAGUCUGGGGAGCGCGAAAGGUUUCAGUGAUUAUACCUUGACUUCACGCGAUGCUCUAAAAAAGUGUAAAGAUUUAGAUAAGGUACAUUGUCCGACAGUAGAGCUGAGGAUUAGAGAGAAUUGUGUUUACGACGACAUCGUCGGCAUCCACUUCUGGGACGACCAGAUACAGGGUGUUGGUGGAAUAAACGCCCCAAAGAAGCUAAUAUGUCACUGCAUGGACGGACAGGACCGAAUUCAGUUACUGAAAGGUAAGGACGACAUGCGACAGGAUGCCGUCAUGGAGCAAGUGUUUACCAUUCUGAACGUGCUUAUGCGUCAUGAUAAAGAGGCUCACAAACGGAAGUUGACGGUGCGUACGUACAAAGUGGUUCCUCUGUCCCGACAAAGUGGAAUACUGGAGUGGUGUUCUGACACAAUACCACUCGGAGCAUGGUUGAUUGCAGCACACACACGUUAUCGACCCAAGGAUAUCAGUCCUUUGGAUGCAAGAAAAAGUUUUGCUGAGUUGGCGAAAUCAUCACUGAGAACAAAGCAGGAAAAGUUUCUGAAGAUCUGUCAGCGUUUGAGUCCUGUGUUUCAGCAUUUCUUCUUGGAGCGGUUCCUUAUGCCUGGAAUGUGGUUUGAGCGACGGUUGUGUUAUACUAGAAGCGUCGCCGUCUCAUCAAUGGUAGGCUAUAUUUUGGGGAUAGGUGAUCGCCACGUGCAAAACAUACUGGUGGAUGAAAAAACUGCCGAAGUGAUUCAUAUAGAUUUUGGAAUUGCAUUCGAGUUAGGUAAAAAUUUACCAACUCCAGAGACGAUUCCUUUCCGCCUAACCAGGGAUAUCGUUGCGGGAAUGGGUGUUAGUGGCAUUGAAGGUAUUUUCAAGAAGUCCUGCGAGAAAACGAUGGAAAUAUUGCGUAACAAUAAUGCACCGAUUUUAACCAUAUUGGAGGUGUUGUUGUACGAUCCACUGUAUACGUGGAAUGUGCUCUCGAACAAAAAAGCUGCUCGACGACAAAUGGCGGAUAUGUACGGCGAGGAUGACAUUAAUAAGCCGGAUGGUAGCAGUACUGCUGUCAAUAUAAGCGCUGAGCGCGCUUUGCUGCGUAUCAAUGACAAACUUAACGGAAGGGAGGAUGAGAAGUUCACCUCUGUGGAAGGGCAGGUAGAAAGACUGAUUUUUGCAGCAUCAAGUAAUCUAAACUUGUGCCAACUCUUCCAAGGGUGGCAACCGUAUUUGUAAGUGUUUUGCAAGUAAUGCGCUUGUUUCUGUUUAAAUUGUUUUAAGAGAAUUUUAAUGAGUCUCAAAGCCUCCGUAAAAUACAGGUGUUUAUUCAA